GUGAUUCGUGGUCUUGUUAAUCGUCUUACAGGAAGACACGUGGUAUGGGAGCUGGGCGCAAGCUCAAGUCUCACCGCAUUCGGCAAAGGUGGGCCGACAAGGCUUACAAGAAAUCUCACCUUGGGAAUGAGUGGAAGAAGCCAUUUGCUGGUUCAUCUCAUGCCAAAGGAAUUGUGCUCGAGAAAAUAGGCAUUGAGGCUAAGCAGCCCAACUCUGCCAUUCGUAAGUGUGCUCGUGUGCAGCUGAUCAAGAACGGAAAGAAGAUUGCUGCUUUUGUCCCCAAUGACGGUUGUUUGAACUACAUUGAAGAAAAUGAUGAGGUGUUGAUUGCUGGAUUUGGACGUAAGGGACAUGCGGUGGGAGAUAUUCCCGGUGUUCGGUUUAAAGUGGUGAAGGUGUCUGGGGUUUCACUUUUGGCCCUCUUCAAGGAGAAGAAGGAAAAGCCUAGAUCUUAGGUUGUUUCUUUAAUCUUUUCUUUCUUUGUUUCUUUCUUUUGAUUAAUGACUUGAUCAGCUUUGGUGUGUAAUUUUGUGGCAAUUUGUUAUUGAGAGAAACUUGCUUAAGAUGAAUAGAUUUACUCUCAAGACUUUGGCAUUGUCAUAAUUAUCCUAACUAGUAUUCGAUCUUGUGCAUAUG